AUGGGCCUGUUAGAUAAACUGUCGGGAUGGCUGGGUCUGAAGAAGAAAGAAGUGAACGUGUUGUGUUUGGGACUGGACAACAGCGGGAAAACCACCAUCAUCAACCAACUCAAACCCAGUAAUACCCAGACACAAGACAUUGUCCCAACUAUUGGCUUCAAUAUAGAACAAUUCAAGAGUUCACGUUUGUCUUUCACAGUGUUUGACAUGUCUGGUCAGAGCAGAUAUAGAAACCUAUGGGAACAUUACUACAAAGAGAGUCACGCAAUCAUAUUUGUCAUCGAUAGUGGAGACAAGUUACGAAUGGUCGUUGCCAAAGAGGAGCUUGAUACUCUUCUCAAUCACCAAGACAUCUGCAGUAGGAGGAUCCCUGUGCUGCUCUUUGCUAAUAAGAGUGAUCUGAGAGAAGCCAUGUCUUCAGUCAAAGUCUCUCAGCUGCUCUGUCUGGAGAACAUCAAGGACAAGCCCUGGCACAUCUGUGCCAGUAAUGCUGUAAAAGGAGAGGGCCUACAGGAGGGGGUGGACUGGCUACAAGGAGCUGCGGAACAGCCUCAGUCACAAUCAAAGAGAGACUAG